AUGAUUCGUACCCAAAUGGAGAAUGUUACAAUACAGAACAUCCACCAACUUCUCUUGGAACAACCAGGCCUUCCUGAAGCCUUAACAAUGGAGUCCACUAUGAGAUUUAUCCGACUGGCUGCAUCUCUAAAGCGAGAUAUCGUUCAUGCGCAACAACCUACAUAUGACCCAACUCUCCCACCACUGUCUCUCCCUCAAACAAUUCGCGCAUUUUUGGGCAGCGCCGUGGAUUUGAGUGAGGACUUUAUUACGGGUUGCUGGAGGGCAUUUAAGACAACAAUUUGGAGUUAUGAUGCCAAAGGUCACUCGGUUAUGGCAGAUUCACUUUUAUUCUACAAGCAUGGAAUAAAAAAUCGUCUUGCUUCCCGAGCACUUUACCCUCCUAUCACACAUUGCAAUAAUCCUCGCUGUAGCGCAGAGGAUAAAAUUCUCAGGCCUGAAUCCAAGGAGGGUCGGAAAGUUAUCCUUUUCACUUUGGAAGAUGGGGCAUGCGCAACUUAUCACUUCAAACUGCGAUAUCCAACCUGCAGUACAACCUAUCACAAUAACUAUUCAGUCUUCAACCGAGUCCGCACAUACUAUCCAGGGGUGCCAGAAACUAUUGAGGUCGGGAAACAUCAAUUCGUUUCACGUGGAGUUCUCAAUAUGUUUAUUAACCUCAUGCUCAGAUCGUGGACGUCUGCAUCGAACUGCGCGGAGAUUUAUAAUACAUCCCUUGCAAGGCCUGAAAACCAGCCGUCUGAAUGGCCAUUCAGCUUUAAUCUUUGCCACGAGCAUAUCUGGAGUGGCAUAAGCCAUCUUGCCAUUCUCGAACACGUUGAGCGGGAACAAGAAACCUUAAUGGUGGCCCAUGGAUCUGACCAAAGGGAUCGGCUUGCAGAGCAUAUCAAGACGAGGAAUAGAUUAUUCGCUGAGAACGGGCAGCCAGAGUGGGCGCAUUACUGUGAGAACUGUGUCCGUUUCUAUUUUGAUGAAGACGGAAAUCCUAGUGAGAUGAUUAGGGCUGUUGUCAGUGACGGAAUUACAAUCGGGCAUCCAUGUUGCACUGUUGCCCAUUGUACAGAACCUCUUACAAGCAAGCAUGAUCGAUUUUGCCCAGGACACGAGCACCUCGAGAAAAUUUGUUCAGUGGAGGGUUGCGACAAAGCGGUGCUUGAGGGCAACCUUACGUGCGAUGAUCGUGAGCAUCUCAUACUAUUCAAGAGCUAUCGGAAGCGGAGCGGACCUCCAAUCGGAGUUGCACCAGACGAGGGGAUUGAAGAAGUUGAACUUACCUGUCCUCAAAAACCAACCACAGGUAACCGACGUCUUCGCGCUCGCUUCGGACGCCGGCAAACGCACAAUGAACAACUCAUUGUGCGACCCUGUGGAAUGAUUGUUGCACGCGCAACAUUCUAUGGCUCCGAGACUGUUCCACAAACUGUGGCAAUGCUAAAGCAAGUUUUCCGUGCACCAGGAUCGAUGCCCGAUUAUUUCAUCUAUGACAACUGUUGUGGGGUAUACAACCACCUUCAAUCGACGAAUGACCCACUCCUCAAGGUUGUAGGAUUUCCUGUCGAUGUAUUUCACUUUGAUUGCACACACAAAAAGACCGACAUCAUUUGUCAAGAGCACUGCAACCCCCGAAAAAUUCCCGAGCUCAUCAACGUUGACGGAACAUGGUAUUUCAACUCCUCAAAAUGCGAGCAGCUGAAUGUAUGGCUAGGUGGGUAUCAUGCUAUUCUACGUGAGAUGAAUGCAGACCGGUACGAAUUCUUGCUGGACGAGUUGAUCAUGAGGAAGAACAGGCUAUUGAAAACAAAGCUAGAACGCAAUGGUUGCCUUCCAGGCUAUAUUCCAGAUCUCAGAUGUAAUUCUUAA